UCUAUAGAUAUAUAGGCCUACGUACACAAAGAGAGGGACCAUGGCGUCUUCUGAUAAGGAGCUCGAGCAACAGCUCGUGGAGGCUGGGAAUAAGCUGAAGGAGCCUCCUCCUUCAGUUGAUGAGCUCCUUCCUCUUCUCGACCAAGUUGAGAAUUGCCUUGCAAAGGUAGAACAGUCACCAUCCAAGGCAAUGCAGGAUGCACUUUCUCCAUCACUUAAAGCGUUGGUUGCAGAUAAACUCUUCAGGCACUCAAAUGCUGAUGUGAAAGUUGCAGUUGCUUCUUGCAUUAGUGAGAUAACGAGAAUAACUGCCCCAGAUGCUCCUUAUGAUGAUGAACAAAUGAAGGAGGUCUUUCAGCUGAUUGUUUCUUCAUUUGAAAAUCUAGUUGACAAGUCUAGUAGAUCAUAUGCGAAGAGGACCUCCAUUCUUGAAACUGUUGCAAAAGUUAGAUCGUGUGUAGUGAUGUUGGAUCUUGAAUGUGAUGUGUUGAUUAUUGAGAUGUUCCAGCACUUCUUGAAGGCUAUAAGGGAUUAUCAUCCAGAGAAUGUUUUCUCAUCUAUGGAGACUAUUAUGACCCUUGUUUUAGAAGAAAGUGAAGAUAUUUCUCUGGAGUUGCUAUCCCCAAUGCUAGAUAGUGUUAAAAAAGAUAACGAGGAAGUUCUACCUGUUGCUCGGAAGUUAGCGGAGAGAGUUUUUAUAAACUGUUCCACUAAGGUUAAGCCAUAUUUGGUGCAAGCAAUAAAAUCAUUGGGCAUUUCCCUAGAGGACUAUAGUGAUGUAGUUGCUAACAUAUGCCAAGAAACAACUGGUGACAUGGAGCAGAAUGAUGGCACUACUGAUGAUCAUGCGGUAAACCUCUCAUCAGUGUCUGUAUAUAUUUCUGGAAUUAAACCAGGGGAUGGUUUUCGCUUAACCUUUCUCGAAAGAAGACAUUUUGGGGCGUUUUGGAUGAUAAGUUACCCUGCUUUCUUCUUAAUAAAGUCUCUGCAAGCAAUAAAAUUUCUACCUCAGUUCAUUCAAGCCCAAAUGUCUUCUGUGUAUGUAUCUUUGUUUUAUGAGGGUGUCAUUGAUUCGUAUGAUUCUGUCAAAAAGAAACAUAAGGUACUAUACACUGAUGGUGAUGAGGAAAUCCUAAAUCUUAAAAAAGAGAAGUGGGAGAUUAUCAAAAGUGAUUCUGAAUCUGAUGAGGAAGAAGCUGCUGAUCACACAAAUACUGAUGCUUCAUCUGAAAUGCCCGAGAAGAAGAAAGCAAAAACUAAUUCUGACCGGACAAAGCAAGGGAAGACAGAUGCUUCGCAAAAGAGGGGCUCAUCCAGCAAGUCAAAAGCUGCAGCCACAAAGUCUAGUCGGAAAUCCAAGGAUGAGGAUAAAUCUGAAAGCAAAUCCAAAAGUGGUUCUAAGGCUAAUAGCAAAGCAGAAAAUGACAAUGUUGGAAAAAGCAAGGAUUCCACUGGUAAAGUUGGUGGUAAAUUGGUUGAUGCUGCUUCAAAACUUGCCAACAAAUCCAAAAAUGAGGAAAGUGCAACACCGAAAUCUGGCAAGUCUAAGGAAGAUAGCUCCAGCAUGCUGAAGACUUCUGCCAAGAAGCAAGAGACCCCAACAACUUCAAAAUUCAAGAAUGAAACAAUGAAGACUUCCUCAGCAAAAGGCAAACUUCCAAAAAGUGGUGGCAAAUCAAAUGUCAAUGGUACCGGAAAGUCUAAAUCUGGUUCAUCAAAGGUCAAAGAAAGUGACGAAAUGGAGGAAGACUCAGCUGAGUUGGCUAAAUCACCUGAAAGCACAAAAGGGAAAACAACAAAGACACAUGGAAGUGAAGCAAAGUCUGGAAAGAAGCGAAGGAGAUGAGGUAAAAGUUGAUGAUUCUCUUGGACUGCACAUUCCGUCUGCUGCUGAUCUGUUUGCUCUGGUCCACUCUCCCCUUGCUUACACAGUUAGUAGAACCCCCUCUGGGAUUUGUUACCUUUGAUAUUUUAACUUGGCUUGCGGGUAGCACUGUUGAGAUCCACAGUCAGAUUAGUUAAAUUACAGUGGUUGGUAGGGUAAGGUAGUUCAUUUUCUAAUUCUUGUUGCCAGAUGGAAUUUAUGUUUUAAUUUGGGAAUCCACAGUAGAAUCCAUUGGGUUAGCUUUUGUUGGAAAAGUUGUUUCAUAGAGAAUGUAAUAGAUUCAGUAUCCUAGCCAGCUGUCAUAUAAUUGCUUUUCCUUCACUCAAUGUUGUAGCCACCUAAUUCGGCCGUAGUGCUUCCGCUGUGUUUACUAGUAUGAUAUGUUAAAUGAUGAAAGCAGUAUAAUUGCUGUUGCUGAGCCA